AUGGACAACAUCAAUGUUGCUAUACCCUUUACGGGCUCAAAAGCUAGUAAUAUGUCAGCUGAAGAAUUUCAAACUUUGUUGACAUCAUGGUUUGAAGAGAAAGGAAUCAUAACAGACCUCCGAUCCCAGCUUAGAUUCAAAAUGAUCAACAUACUAAAAAACACUGCCAUUGGAAGAAAUAUCAGUAAAAGAUCAGUUUCACAUCAUAGUCUUUCAAAACAAGCCAUUAAUUUAAUUGUAGCUGAAUUCCUGAUGGUUAAUAAGUAUCACUACUCUUUAUCGGUUUUCAACACUGAAGCUGCAUUAACAAAUGUAUUUCCAGAAUAUCUAAAGUUUGAUGAUAUUCAAGAGCCAUUUAGGUAUAGUUUUGAAAAUCUUUCAAAUAUAUUUGAGCUCAUUGGAGUCCAAAGAAAUAGUGAAUUUGGUAAAGAAGCUUUAAAUUCUUACUGCAAUAAUUCAGAUAGCUCCAUACUAUCUUGUUUAGUUAAUUCAAUAUGUAAAUUAUCAAACAGAAUGAGAAGAAGAACAAUUCAGGAAGAAAUUGAGUGUAUAGAUUUUGAUAAAGAAUCCAACUUUGUGAAACAGUUAGGAGGUAUUUUAGUAAAUUCUGAAACAUGUUCAGACAAUAUAGGACAGAUACUGAAAAAUAUUGAGUCUAUCCAUAAUGUUGAAAUUAAAAUGAUGGAAGACAGAUAUAGGAGAUCUAUUAGUGAACUAAAAAUAGAGGUUUCUAGAAGCAUAGAAAAAUUACAAGAAGUCAACAAAGAAAAAGGAGUUUCAGAAAACAAAUUGAUGAAAGUAGUAGGAGAAUAUAAUGCCAUGAAAGUUCAGAUGAAAAAUCUUGUAAAGGAAAAGUUGCAAAAUGAGAGAAAGGAACAAUUAAUGAAUCUGAAGAAGAUUGAACAGAAUGUUUCAGAACAGGUAGCACCAAAAGUUACACUAGCUUGUUCAAGUCAACAUUGUAGUGAUAGGUGUGAAAAAAACAUUAACCUUGUUGAAGUACUUCAAGAUAAAAAUCGGGAAUUAUAUGGGAAAUAUGAAGCAUUGUCAGAAGAAUUCUCUCACCUAACAAAAAACUAUGAUGAAAUUGUAGGAAAAGUGCCACCUGUAUGUUCAAGGCAACAUUGUAGUGACAAAUGUGAGAAGAACAUGGUCCUUCUCAAUGAACUAAAAGAAAGAACUCAGGAAUUGUCUGUCAAAAGUGAAACACAGUCAGAAGAAGUUUGUCACCUCUUGAAAAAAUAUAGUGAAAAGAUUUUAGAAAAAUUUGCACCUGCCUGUCCAAGUCAACAUUGUACUAAUAAGUGUGAGAAAAACAUGAUCCUUGUUGAUGAACUAACAGAAAAAAAUCGAGAAUUAUCAAGGAAUAGUGAAAUACAAUCAGAAGAGAUAAGGCAUCUCUUGGAAAAAUACAAUGAACAAAUUAUACAAAGAAGUAGUCCCAUAUGCUCCAAUCAGCAUUGUAGCAAUGAGUGUAGGAAACAUAUGAACCUUGUUGAUGAACUCCAAGAAAAAAAUCGAGAGUUAUCCAGAAGAUGUGAAAGAGAGUCUGAAGAAUUAUAUUGUCUGUUGAGAAGAUAUAAGGAACAAUUAAUUCAAAAAGUGACAAAUGUGUGUUCCAUUCAACAUUGUAGUGAUAAGUGUGAGAAAAACAUUAAUCUUCUUGAUGAACUUCGGGUAAACAAUUUGGAGUUAUCCAGGAAAAAUGCUAUACAGUCAGAAGAAAUAUUCCACUUAUCAGAAAAAUAUAAGGAACUCUUGCAUGAUUUUUUAAAUAGCCAGAGGAAAGUAAGCUAUCUCAAGGCAAAAGCAAAUAGUGGUGAUACACACUCUAGAAUUAUUUUGAAACAAACUGUAUUAGAAGAUUCUAAAGUACCUAAAGCUAGUUUGGCCAAUAAUACCAUUGAUAGUGAUAGUUCAACAAGUGUGACAGAAGAAAUUCUUCGGGAAGCACGACUAAGGCUACAAAUCUUGGAAGAAGAAAGUAAUAAAAUUGAAGAGAAAUUCAAUAAUACUCAAGUUGAUUCCAGCAAGAAACAUUUAUGA